AUGUACAUGAAGUCCAAACCUGACAAGUACGGACUAAAAAUCGUGACCUUGAACGACGCUGCAACUUCUUACUUAAUCAAUGGAAUACCCUAUUUAGGGAAAACAAGGAUUAUUGCGAGAGAAGAGUCCAUUUGCGAAUAUUUUUUCCGAUCUGUUACGACUCCCAUCCAUGGUUCUGGACGCACUGCAAUCUGUGAUAAUUGGUUUACCACAAUAUCCCUGGUUCAACGUAUGCUGCAGCCUGAGUUUGAUAUGACUGUUACCGGAACUUUGCGCAAAAACAAGAGGGAAAUUCCAAAACAAAUGAUAGUGGCUGCAAAAGAUCCGCCAAAAUCCACAUUUUGCUUUACCAAAAACAUGACCCUUGUGUCCUACUCACCGAAAAAGAACAAAUUUGUUCUACUAUUGUCUUCUUAUAUGUGUACCUCUGAGAUAACAGACGGAAAGCCCAAUAUAGUUUUACACUACAACGAAACUAAGGGCGGAACCGAUUGUUUCGACCAACUUUGCCACGCAUACAGUGUAGCAAGGAGGACUCUUCGCUGGCCUAUGCGAAUAUUUUUCGGUAUGCUCGAUCAAGCAGUUGUUAAUUCCCGGAUUCUACUCAAUUGCCAAAAGUUGAAAGAAGGACAGAACCUUAUAACUGCAAUUAACUGUCUACAAUCUCUGCACAUGCAUCUCGUUACGCCUCAUCUUCAAAACAGAAUGUCUCGAGAAACUUUCCAUUGGUUGUUGAUCAUAAUAGGACCACAGUUAGAAAAUAAAUCAAAUCCCAAUAAUUUACAGACACCUGAUCGCCUUCCUGUCAAUUUGGAAACACAGCUUUUAAUGGCUCUUUGGACACUUGCUACACCAGAUUCAUAUCG